CGCGCCGCUUAACGGGAGGGGAAAGAGGGGAAAUUCUGAAUUGACCUGACACGUUACCCUUUGUUUUUUUCUUUUUUCGUGGAGAUCAAAAUAAUCACAAAAAAAAAAUGAUAGAAAUCACAUCAAAAUUAGUUCGAGAACAAACUCCAGUGUUCCUCUGUGGUGAAGUGGUUGAGUGUUUUAUUUCCUUCACCAAUCCCACGCUUCCGGAGCACAAAAUAGCCCAAAGCAACAGUGAUAUCCUGGAAAAUCUAGCCUGGGCCACUUCCCAAAUUCACUGCUACUGCAAUUCAGUGUUCCAGGAUAAGACAAAUCAGGAUUCCCUGACCAAUGACACCUCCCUCACGGCUGCCACACAAGGUCAAGGAGACAUUGUCAUGGCAACAAGUCCAAAAAUUCUCUUCUGUGAUCUGAGAUUAGCUCCCGGAGAGACAAAAUCCUAUCUGUACAGAGAAUCUCUGCCUCUGUCCUGUCCUCCAACAUACAAAGGGACAGCUAUCAAGUACUAUUACAAGAUUACCAUAGCCACUCAGAGAUUGGGGUCAAGGGUUCAAGCUCUUCGAGUGCCCAUUAGAGUUCUGCCCAUGCCCACAGUUAUUCGGCCCGAUGACGUCCCAGCCCUGUGCAAUGAGACCAAUGAGGAACUAGCACCCACUAAUCCUUUUCUGGAGACGCGCAAAACGGAAUCUAAGCUUGAAAUUGCCCUUCAUCAUCUGCAGAACAUUACAGCACGCCGAAGGCCAAAUUUCUAUUUAAUUUCCAACAAACGGGGGACUGUGGGGCGCUUCUGCCUCUUCAAGCCAGCCUAUAAGCUUGGGGAGGACAUUGUGGGUACGCUGGACUUCACCUGUCGUACCGUGCGAUGCAUUCAGGUGUCUGUGACGCUUCAGUGCGAGGAAGUUAUGCUGAAAAAGAAUCCCCCAGCUCUGGGAGCCCAGGGUGAGCCUGAGACAUCGUCAGGGAAGAUUAUGGCUUUUACAAAGCACCAUGAAGUGUGCCUAGGACUCAAGCAGACCCAAAUGAUCCUGCCUAUUCCACUUCAUGUCACCCCGACAUUCAGCACGGAUCUCGUGAAUAUCCGCUGGCAGCUGCACUUUGAAUUUGUCACGAGUGCUAGUGAGGACGUCAAAGCCAUUGAGAUUAGAGAAGAUGGCUGGCAAGCUCCGACUGAUAUCAUGAUUGAAACCAUGAUUUGGAACCUCCCAGUCACACUCUAUCCAACAGCUCCUCAGCAGAUUCUGCAGCAUUCUGGCAAACAUACAUUACUUAUUAAAUAAAAGACUUUCUUUUCCCUUCAA